UCGAUAGACAAAGCAUGUAAACAAACAGAGUUUGUAGAACAAAUUUUGUACCGGCUUCCUAAACAAAAUAUGUCCCACCUACGGAAUGGCAGUAAAAACACAAUUGAAUCGGAUUCAGACGAUGAGGACUAUGCAAAACUACGUUUGUUUGCGGAGGCCACUGAUCACACACUGCUCAGAAAUGAUAUGUAUAAGAAGGAACUAACUACAGCAAGUUCUCCUGAAGCGUCUGCACCACAAGCUUUGCCCAAAAGCGAGCGUUACCUGGCAGAUCAAGAUGCAGCUCCCGCUAGUGAUCUGCAAAUCAGUAAGGAAAUGCAAACACAUCUGUGGGGCAAACUGACCGCGAUUAUACAAAAUCAAGUUGAAUACUGCGAAGUGAUCAGUGAUCAGCCAACCAACGGAUCGCUGAAGGCGGAGAAGGAGAACGCUUGGUUCAGUCAGGUCAAACUGCUUUCCAAUGCCGAUUGCUAUGUCGUUGAUGACAUUGAGCCGAAAGCGGGUCCACAGAAGAGGCCCACUAUAAAGAGGCGGCAGCUGGAGGACGACAAAGUGCAAGCAAAAACAGACGCCACUCUUGCUGCCAUCGCCGUCGAUGGCGACUCAAUACUUAGCGGUCGGGAUAUGCAAAGCUGGGUGCCACGCAAGCCACGCAAAGAUAAAUUCUUUGAGUACAGAGCUACUGAUGCGCUUGGCCACAAGUUGCAGGCGAUUGAGCCCACAAACGAGUUCACCAAACAGCGUCGCAAGAACAACUGGAAUGAAACAAAGAUUGGCCAAAGAUUCCGCAAUAAACAGAAAAAAGCUUAGUUCUUAUAAAAUUGUUAAUUACUGUUUAGUUUUUAUUAAGAAUACUAGAUGUACCUCCUGCUGCAGCGCUCCAAUGAGCCAUGAUUGUGAUUCCAUAU